GACUAGGAGGGAAAUUAAAGCUUUCUAUCUAGGGUUUAAGUAUUUUCGUUUUCUCCGUUGAGCGUUCAAACAUUCAAGCGCCAUUCCAAUCGGUUACCGCGUUCUGGGUGGACCAAUGGCGGAUUCAAUUUGCAGAACAAUACGAGAUGGGGCUUUAGAAGGAGAGCAUGCGCCAUCUCUUACCAUCAAAGACACAACAGCUUCGCCGUACGGAUUCGACGUUUUCACUCAUGUGCUCUCCCAAACCGCCUCCCUCAUUUUAGCCGGAAAAUCACAGUCACGAGGAUUGGUGGUGGUUGCAUAUUCACGGAGCCCCUCGUUCUACCUGGAUUACUUGAAGAGAAGUGGAGUUGAUGUUGCUUCUUCUCAGAAAUGGAUUCAUAUUUUGGACUGUUACAUGGACCCUCUUGGCUGGAAGCAUCAGUUAGCGGAAACGGGGAUUUUGCCAAGCAAUUCUUCAGCCGACUCUUGUUUGUUUCAGGAUGUGAAGGAUAUCAACAAGUUGCACUCUUUGAUUCUUGAAUUGGGUUCAGGAUUGGUUGGUCAAGGCAAAGUUCGUUUUUCUGUUGCCAUUGAUUCGGUAACUGAAAUGCUGAGGCAUGUACCUCUUUCUAAAGUAGCAGUGUUGAUCAGUGACCUACGUAGUCAUGAUCAAAUCUCUAGCAUAUUUUGGUUGCUGCAUUCAGAUAUUCAUGAUGUUAGGGUGACUACUUCCCUUGAAUAUCUGUCCUCUAUGGUAGCCAGUGUAGAGUCACUUAACCAAUCUUCUGAUGGGCUUAGUGGAGACUUGGGGAAUUUAUCCCUGUUGGAACAAAAUUUCAGGAGAGGAAAGUUUCAUGUCCGGUUCAAACGUCGAAAUGGUCGUGUUCGUGUGAUGAACGAACAAUUUCAUAUGGGGGAGUCGGGGAUCAAGUUUACUUCUGUUACUGUAGAGGAUGGAUUAGUCAGUCAAGGGCUUGUGCCAAAGGUGCUAUUCAAUCUGGAGCUGUCGGAGAAGGAGAAGCUCGAGAGAGCCAGAGUUGUCCUUCCUUUUGAGCACCAAGGAAAUGGUAAACCUAUCCAAAUUUAUGAUGGCCGGAGAUCUCUUGCACCUGAGAGCAUGGGUGAGGUGUCAGCUGACACAUCACAAAGCAAUACGGAAGAAUGCAGUAAUGGUGGUGGUGAGAUAAUAUACUUUCGGGAUUCAGAUGAUGAGAGGCCUGAUUCUGACGAGGACCCUGAUGACGAUCUUGAUAUAUAAUAUUGUUAUGAAAUGAACUGAUUGCUUCCCCCCAUGUUUUGUAUGGACAACUCCAUCUUGAUAUCUAAUUACGGUGGCUAACAAAGAACUGCAGAAAGAAAUCUGAGUUUGUAUAGUGAAGGAUAGGCAGUGAACUUAUGGCUUUUGGUAGAAGAGAAUGGAGAGGUUGUUGGUUCAUGCUAUCGAAAUGGCUGGAUGAGUUUUGAUUGGAAAAUGAUGCGCGAGACCUCCGGGUGUAAAUUCGAGAUAAUCUCCCUGUUUGAGGUGAUAAAGAUUGCAGUAAUUCACUAAUUUGAGACAACAUGCAAGCUGACAUUAUAUUAGGCACCAAAGUGCAGUGCAAUUGAGCAGCCAAGUCAGUACCUUAUCUACAUCUUGAUUGUAUCUUAUUCUUCAUAUGUUUUGCCAGCUCUUUCCGUCAAACAGGAUUCCCGGCAAGCUUCAAUCAUCUAUUAUUAUAUAUAUUUAGGACAUUUGGCUAAUUAAUGAUCACUUUAUUAUUGUUUAUUGUUUCUUGGGGAAGGGGAAACCUAUACUGGUUAAGGGAGGAUUUCUUCUUAAGCUUUCUCUAGGGCAUAUCAGCCCGUUAAUCCUGGAAAAAAGUUAGUCUCUCAGAGAAAGGCCAUGAACAGCGGGACCGGUUACUAUUAACAACCCUAGUCCCCAACUAAUAAGAAGUUAGGAUUAUGAUAACUUUUUAUUAGAUGAGUUGACCUAGUGUAAAAUCAAAGCAGGUGUAUAAUUGUCAUUAUGAAAAAAACUAUUUAAAUAAAAAAAUAUGUUUUUUAUUUUCUGUCCAAAAAUUUGGUCGUCGAAAUUCCGACACCGGUCGCCGGAAAAUGGUCGCCGUUCACCGGAAUAUGCUUUUUGUCGCCGGAAUAUGCUAUUUUGUGGCCGGAAUAUGCUUAACGGCGUCGAAAUCUAGUCAUCGGGGCCGGAAUAUGCCUAUCGGCGUCGGAAUCUGCUCACUGACGGUCAUCGAUCACCGGAUGUUAUGGUUAGCAUUGUGAGAUUUAUGGUUUGGUUGCUCAUAUUUUUUUAUGCCUUUUAUGGUUUGCUUUAUUGUGUUUGUGGUUUGCAUUGAUAAGUUUCUGGUUUGUUUUCAAAAACUUUGUGGUUUGCAUUGUGAGGUUUCUGGUUUGUUUUAAUAUAUUUGUGGUUUGCAUUAGGACGUUUAUGGUUUGCUUUUUUGUGGUUUGAUUUACUGUGUUUGUGGUUUGCAUUAGGAGGUUUCUGGUGUGCUUCGCGAAUAUUGUGGUUUGCUUUGUGAGGUUUGUGGUUUGUUUUAGGAGAUUUGUGGUAUGCAUUCGGAGGUUUCUUGUUUGCUUUAUUGUGUUUCUAGUUUGCAUUAAGAAGUUUAUGUUGUGCUUUCGAAAAUUUUAUGGUUUGAUUUGUGGGGUUUCUGGUUUGUUUUAAUAUAUUUUUGGUCUGCAUUAGGAGGUUUGUGGUUUGCUUUAUCGUGUUUGUGGUUUGCAUUAUGAGGUUUCCGGUGUGCUUUCGGAAUAUUUGUGGUAUGCUUUGUGGGGUUUUUGGUUUGUUUUAGCAAUGUGUUGUACAAAAUUCUGUGGUUUGGUUUGUGAGGUUUCUGGUUUGUUUUAAUUUAAUAUAUAUGUGUUCCGCAUUAGGAAGAAUCUGGUUGUUUUAUGUGGUUUGCUUUGUCGUGUUUGUGGUUUGCAUUAUGUAGUUUUUUGUGUGCUUUUGAAAAUUUUAUGGUUUGCUUUGUGGUGUUUCUGGUAUGUAUUAGGAGACUUGUGGUUUACAAUAGGAGGCUUCUGGUAUAUGAGAAAUAUAAGAAUGUAUACCAAAAAUACAAUAAUACAUACCUAUAAUUUCUUAAUAAAUACUAUAAAAGGUU